AUGGAAGGAUCGGGGACUGGUAAGUUUGAUUCUGUGGUGACGGAGAUGGUGAUGAAUGGAUCGGUGAUUGGUAGGUUUGGUUCUGUGGUGACGGAGAUAGCGAUGGUUGAAUUGAAGACUGGUAAGUUUGGUUCUGUGGUGACGGAGAUGGUGAUGAAUGGAUCGGUGACUGGUAGGUUUGGUUCUGUGGUGACGGAGAUCGCGAUGGUUGGAUUGAAAACUGGUAAGUUUGGUUCUGUGGUGACGGAGAUGGUGAUGAAUGGAUCAGUUACUGGUAGAUUUGGUUCUGUGGUGACGGAGAUGGCGAUGGAUGGAUUGAAGACUGGUAAGUUUGGCUCUGUGGUGACGGAAAUGGUGAUGAAUGGAUCGGUGUCUGGUAGGUUUGGUUCUGUGGUGACGGAGAUGGCGAUGGUUGGAUUGAAGACUGAGUGUUUGGUUCUGUGGUGA